AGUUAAAUCUCUGUUUACCGACCAGUGAAUAAGACGCAGUACAUAUCACAUAUCACAAGGAGUGUAUAUCAAUUUUUGUGUAGGAUUUUGGGAUUUUUAUGUUGAAAUUCUUUAACUAAAGGAAAGGAGAUAUACCAUUUUUGAAAACAUGUCUAGCGCACCUCCUCCGUACGAAGUGACACAACAGAGCUCGUAUGGCUACGACCAGACCCAGGCCCCGCCCCAGCAGGGCCAUACUGCGCAAACGACCACGGUAAUCGCCACAAGUCCUACGAUCGUCGUUGGCCCAGGGAGAUGUGGAGCGUGUGGGCAAGGCAUAAUCACAGAGAGCUACACCAUUCUGGGAAUCGUCCUCGCUGUCCUGUUCUUCCCGCUCGGUGUUAUUUGCUGCCUUAUGAUGACAGAGAGGCGCUGUGGUGCCUGUGGGGCCACGUAUUAGAUGGCGAGAUCUGACUUAAGAGGACAUUGAGUUGCUUAAUUUAAUAAUAAAUGUUUCCUAAAGUGCUACCGCUCAAAGUCAAUAAAAUUAAUAGAUAUAGUUAGUGUAGGUGCUAAUCAUCAUACAUGUGUUGCGGCAAGUUUGAUAACAAUCUGGUAAAUGCGAUGGUUUUUAAAAUAUUCUUAGCUCGUGACAAUUGAAACGGACUCUAUGUUGUUUUAUGUUUGAAUACUUCUUUCUCUGUUGUUUGUGUGUCAUAACCUUUUGACCUAUAUCACUGUUAAGCUUGUGUGUUAAACUGUCCAAGAAGGACAUGGUUCUUUAUAGUUACUAUGUUCUUGUUUUACUUGAUUUUGACCUCGAAUAUGUUUCGAGCUUUUAACGUGUUAAAGUCUUCACUAUUCUAUUUCAUUUAUAUGUAUUCUUCUUUUUUUCCAUUUUCAUUUAUUCACGGUUUUACCGGCUAAAUAUAUUAAUUAAAAAUGCAAUUUUUUUAAUAACAUUAGUUUUCAUAAUGAGAAAUUAUUGUGAAUUUAGCACGAAAUAUAAUUGUUUGACACAAAAUGCUGAAAAUGUAUACUUGAUUUUUCCCGAGAACAACUCGAUGAAAUGUUGCCUUGUAUCAGUCAAUAAUUCCAUAUAUACUUUAUACUGAUUCCAAUACAGACACUCCUAUGUAUAAUGAAACAGGUUGAUAAUUUUGAACAGUAUUACAAUAUCCUAAGGUUGUGAUUACUAAAGCCGGUUUACACAAAGCUUGUAGAAAUAAAUGAAUUUGUCUUCA